AUUCCCCCUUGCCUAUCAAUACAUGCACUUGUAAAAAGUCCCUCUCCAGAUUUCCUGUAGGCCCCCAGUUAGGUACUGCAAGACUAUUAUAAGGCCUCCCCUGAGCCGUCUCUUCUCCAGGCUGAACAAGCUGAACUCUCUCAGCCUGUUUUAUAGGAGAGGUGCUCCAGCCCUCUGAUCAGCUUUGUGGACCUUCUCUGGACUCGCUCCAACAGGUUCCAAUUUUCUCUUUCACCUCUGUACAUAACCCUCUCCAACAGAGUUGGCCAGAUAAUAACAAUUCAGCUCUGGAAGGUGAAUUGAAGGCAUUGCUGUGUCCCAGCAUGGGGCUUAAGCAUUGUUCACUGGCUGUGAGGAGCAGGAGAGAAGGAAGACAGAAUGUGAUUGACUCUAGCCACUGUCUGCCAGGACCAGGACCUUCUGGAGAAUCCUUUAGGAGUGGGAAGACCCACAUGCUUUCUGGCUGUGCUGCUCUUUCCAUCUCCACACCCACAGAGUGGACUGGAGGAUGGCCUGACUGGGUAAUUGACAGGGGAAGAUGCUGGUAUGAAUUCAUGCCAGCCUACAGUGACUUGCUCACUAGACUCUGGAUUGCCUGUGAACAGCUCUCAGCAGCUCUCAUUUAAACCUCAAAAAUGCCAAAAUAUUUUAUUCAGUGGAAAACAUAAGUGAGUUAUCGGGGCUGACUAUUUCUGAGUUCAUGCCUUUUAGCAAACAAUUUCUGAAAUGAGUUCUUCUUCCCACCCCCCACCCCGAUAGCAGUAAGCAACUCAUAUGUUUUGAGGUUGUGAAGGUUGGGGGUUUUUUAUUUCUUUUUUAAAGUUCUACUUUAAAACAAAAUGGUUCUCACACAGAGGGACUGAUCCUUUUCAUAAUAAAGGGAAUGAUAAAACUACUGUGGACUAUAAAACGGCAGCAGAGUAGUCUAUCUUCAGCUUUGCAAAACAUCUGGAAUCCAUCUGUUCUACUACUGGGAAGUGGAAGAUUUGAAAACAAUAAAGCAGCAAGGAAAAAUUGUAAGCAGAAGUGAAGAGAAAGUAUUGUGAUUAGGACAAAAUAAUUUAUUGCCAUAUGCCUUCCCUACAGAGAAAAAUAUUAGACACCCAUUACAUAAAAGAGCCAAGUUUAGCCUUUCCCUGCAAUAAUCUUCUACUACUUACAUAGUAGCUAGAUAAAAUAAUGUUUAUAAUUUAUCAGCAGUUCUUAAGUCCCUUAAUUUCAUUGCAUUGAUCAAAGACUUCCCAAUACAUUAAACAGAAAUACCGAUUUGGUAUUAAUUCCCAGCUACAAAAGGUGAAAAAGAGUGAAAAAAAUAUUGUUGUCUUUACUGUUCUGAUGCUUAUUCUCACUUCUAAUUUUUUUUCUUAUGCUUCUUUUAAUUUUUUUUUCUUAUUCUCACCUGUCUCUGAGGCUUUGAACAUCCACUGCAGUCUUUGGGAACUUCUAGAAGCCAUAAAUGCUGAAGGUUUUUUCCAGAAUCACGUCGUCAAGGCCUGUGACGGAGGGUUAGACCGGAUCAGUGAAGUCAUGCGUCACACAGCUGUAUCAUGCUGGCAGCCAUUCCUGGGUCUGACUGUGCUGCUAGUCUUCACGGGUACCACCAUAGGCUGCCCGGCCCGCUGUGAGUGCUCAGCACAGAACAAGUCUGUCAGCUGUCACCGAAGGCGUCUGAUGUCCAUCCCAGAGGGCAUUCCCAUUGAGACCAAAAUCUUGGACCUCAGCAAGAACCGACUGAAGAGUGUCAACCCUGAGGAGUUCACAUCCUACCCUUUGCUAGAGGAGAUUGACCUCAGUGACAAUAUAGUUGCCAAUGUGGAGCCUGGAGCCUUUAACAACCUCUUCAACUUGCGCUCCCUGAGGCUAAAAGGAAACCGUCUGAAGCUGGUCCCCCUUGGGGUGUUCACUGGGUUGUCAAACUUAACAAAGCUUGAUAUAAGUGAAAACAAGAUUGUCAUUUUGCUCGACUACAUGUUCCAAGAUCUACAUAACCUAAAAUCCCUGGAGGUUGGGGACAAUGAUUUGGUUUAUAUAUCACACAGGGCCUUUAGUGGACUGCUUAGCCUGGAGCAGCUCACCCUGGAAAGAUGCAACCUCACAGCUGUACCAACAGAAGCUCUUUCUCACCUCCACAAUCUCAUCAGUCUGCAUCUGAAACAGCUCAACAUUAACGCUUUGCCGGCAUAUGCCUUUAAAAGACUUUUUCGCCUGAAAAACCUAGAAAUAGAGGCCUGGCCCCUCCUGGACAUGCUACCUGCCAACAGUCUGUAUGGUCUGAACCUUACUUCUCUGUCUAUCACCAAUACCAACCUGUCUGCAGUACCUUACUCUGCUUUUAAACAUCUGGUUUACCUGACACAUCUAAACCUUUCUUACAACCCUAUCAGCACCAUUGAAGCAGGCAUGCUUUCAGACUUAGUGCGCCUACAGGAACUCCACAUGGUGGGAGCCCAGCUACGUACCAUUGAAUCACACGCUUUCCAAGGGCUCCGGUUCUUACGCGUGCUUAAUGUGUCCCAAAACCUGCUAGAAACCCUAGAAGAGAAUGUAUUCCAUUCCCCUAAAAGCCUUGAAGUCCUCUGCAUUAACAACAAUCCUCUAGCCUGUGACUGCCGUCUCCUUUGGAUUUUACAGAGGCAACCCACUUUGCAGUUUGGCAGCCAGCCACCAAUGUGUGCUGGCCCGGACAGUGUCAAAGAGAGGUCAUUCAAAGACUUUCACAGCACAGCUCUUUCCUUUUACUUCACUUGUAAGAAGCCCAAGAUACAAGACAAGAAGUUGCAGUACCUGGUAGUGGAGGAAGGGCAGACAGUGCAGUUGAUGUGCAAUGCUGACGGGGAUCCGCAGCCUACCAUAUCCUGGGUUACCCCACGUCGGAGGUUGAUCACAGCUAAAUCAAAUGGAAGAGCCACUGUGCUAGGAGAUGGCACCCUGGAGAUCCGAUUUGCUCAAGACCAGGACACUGGGAUCUAUAUUUGUAUUGCAAGUAACGCAGCUGGGAAUGACACCUAUUCGGCCUCCCUUACGGUAAAGGGGUUUACCUCAGACCGUUUCCUUUAUGCCAACAGGACCCCCAUGUAUAUGACAGACUCCAAUGACACAAGUUCCAAUGGAACUAGUGCAAACACCUUCUCUCUGGACCUUAAGACAAUAUUGGUGUCCACAGCUAUGGGCUGUUUCACAUUCCUUGGAGUGGUUUUAUUUUGUUUCCUCCUUCUUUUUGUGUGGAGCCGAGGGAAGGGCAAACACAAAACCAGCAUUGACCUUGAAUAUGUCCCUCGCAAAAACAAUGGUGCUGUGGUUGAAGGGGAGGUUACUGGACCACGGAGGUUCAAUAUGAAAAUGAUUUGAUGGUAUUCUGCUAGCAGUGCUUUUUCUGUGGCAUUAAAACCAAUUAAACCACCCUGGCAUGUGGAAUUGCUAGGCAGAUGCAGCUUAAUGCAGCUGUCACUGUAUCAAAAAGUUACAUGAAAAUGGAAAGACUAUUUGUGGUUAGAUAGCAGAGCCUCCAGACCUUGAGGCAGAUAUGUCAGGGCCUUUCAUAGAACUGGGAAAUUGUACUAACUGUUUGCAUUGCAAAUAUUGGCAUUCUGGGGAUAUCAGCAAUGAACCACUGGCUCAUGCUCGUGGACAAUUGUUCAACAUUUUCUACCACUACAAAAAUAAAAGGAAAAAAAAAAAGCCUACAGUGUAGGAUUUACAUACUUAAAGAAAAAGACAUAUUUGUCUAAAACAUACUCUACAGUGAAAUUUAUAUCUAUAGAUCUCAUUUGGUAAAACCUUGCAUCACCCCUUCUAGUUGGUUCAACGCCACAAAAAAUUGGUAGGCUUUUUUGUUUUUAAUCUACAUCUAUACUGUGUACAUUUUAAAGCAAUAUAAAUGAGAGGUUAUGCUUUUAGAUAUCCACCAAUACUGACCCAAGUGUGAUGUCACCCUCCUUUUAACUACCAUCUAACCCAAAUUAGACUCUUGUAGUUAUCAAUUAGAAAUAACAUAAGAUAUUUUUCUCCUCAUGUAGAAGGACAGAGGUGAAUAGUUGAGAGCAAAAAUGUUCAGCUCUGUUGAUCUUCUCUUCAUAUAAAUAGAAGGCAUGUGCCUAGUUUUGAUACAGAGUGGAAUAUUUUUUAUAUCUGUGAUAUCACACUGGACCAGUUUACUGUAACAGAGCCCUGGAUCUCACCCAGGGAAGGCAACCCACUAGAAAUUGCUGGCAUAGAUGAGUUGAGUUCUACCUUGAAGAGAGAGAGCUGGUUUUGUUAGCCCUGAUUUUAAUUUCAAAGCCACUGCUAAAAUGUUAAUGUGUACUGGGCAAAAAGAAAGAAUGCAUUCUGCAUAAUCCUUGGGAAAUAUGGUCAUCUUACUAUUUAUAAAAGUAAACUAAAACUUACAAAUCCUCUGCUACUAGGAACGAACUCUUCUCCAAUGCCAAGUAAACUACGGUUGUCCAUGCAUAAUACGGGGAUCAUAAAGCUAAAAUAAUGUUUUAAAACACGAUAGCCUCAAAAAGGCUAACAUACUGCCAGAUAAAUGAACCUCUAGCCACAGUCAUUCUCAUCUUGUAUAUUUGUAGAUAACAGAUAAACACAAAGCUAAUUUCCAAGAACAGAUUACUUAGCUCUUCUUGAUGCCAUUUUAAUAACUAUGUGGUUAUGUUUCUUUCAGGGGCAGUAUCUUAGAGCAAGAGGGGCAAGUUUUUCGAGGUUUUAGGGAGCUUUUUUAAUAGAAAGAAGACAGCAGUGAAAUGUUAGUUCAGUAGAAGUAACCUUUUUUUUUUGUUUUAUGUCUUGAAACAAAUCCUCAGAAGGCUCAGAACUGAAACUUUAUUCUUUAUCGUUGAUACUAUUGAUCUUACUUUGAAAUUCUCAGUAAUGGGAAGAUACAGAGUUAUUCAGCCACCUCUCAAUUUUCCAGCACUUAUGAGCCAUAGGUUUGUUGCUAAGUGGUUGAUAACAAAUUCAAUUUAUAAAUGUUUGACAUAACCUGGAGUAAGGAUAAUGACUAUGUACGUGUUUAGCCAAAAUGAAUAUGAAAAUAUUAUAAGACAGAACAUUCAGAUUAAUGUGAUUUAAGAGCCUGUGUCCAAUCUUAAAAUUAAAUUUCAGCACUCUGAAACCGAAGUCAGGCUGAUCUAUAAUGGGAUGAAGAUUUUUAUAAAAUUAGUAUCCACAAUCUUUGGCAGAGAUUUUCUAAGCAGGAUGAAAAUCUCCCACUCCUAUAAAGGGCAACGUGCCAAAAGUAAAAUCCAGCUGCGCUUCCCUGGUAUACCCCUGACAUUGCUGUAGCACCCAAGGCUAGGCAGUUUUGAGAAUCUCUUUUCUUAGUGGUUGAUCUGUGGUUGCAUUGUUGCUCCAUUUUAGGUUGCCAAACUAAGAAGGAUGCAAGGGUUGUUAGAAUUUUCUUCACUUUAGUUGGUUUUAAAUUUAGAAUUGGGUUUUCUUGCUGCUGCUUUUUUUUUUUUUUUUAACACUCUGAACUAGUUAGUUGGAGAUUUAUGGAGAUGCUUGAGACUAAUCCUCUUUGUUCUAUGACAAUUUGUAGAACAUUAAUAAAAAGGAAUAACCCCUGACUAAAUUCUAACACCAGGGAAAUUAUUUUUGCUGAUAUAAUAACCACCGCACUGAAGUCCAAAAUUCUAGUGUACCUUAAUAUGGGCAGUUAAAGAAACAAAUGGGGAUAAAACAAAGUGUUUCUGAACUGCCCAUUGAAGACAUUUGCAUGUGCCUUUCCCUUGUAAUUGUCAUUUUUUUCAAAUGGUGAUCUAUUGCCCCUGCAGUCACUUCAUGUUAAAUGUUAAAAUCAAUGUUAGAAGCAAAAAUUCUCCUAAAUUCUAGACAGUUGCAGCUGAUUGCUUGGUAAUAAAUGACACCAAAAAAAAAAAAAUCUCAAAAGAAACAUUGAAAAAAUGUACUUUUAGAAUUAAUUAUGAAUUGCUGAAUUCCCCUAUUCCCUUAGAAUGACUCUAAAAAGUGAUUGCAUUGUUAGUGCACUGCAAGGUUUUCUGAGCAGUUAUGUGCUUAGUUACUCAUGUGAAACGUGUGCUGGUGAUGAAAAUCAGCGCUUGCUCUUGCUGAGCACCACCUUGCAGAGCUGUCAGCAUUGUGUGUUUCGCCUUGAGUUCAGUCAGUAUUCGGGAUUUUUUAAGAAUCAGUGUUUGCUUGCUGCCUCUAGCAAUGUUCUACUUUUUGCAGCCUAUUUAUUUCACCAUGGACUUAGCAAGGCAUAUGGCAUCUCUUAACAGAAGUAAGAACGGCAAUACUCAGAGACAAGCUUUUAUCUUGCUCCACAUAGUCUUCUUUAUAUGUGUUUGUGGGACACAUGCUCACUGUGGCUGUUUUGGAUGAAUAAGGAAUACAGCAUCAGGGUCAGACCUAUAUAAGCACCUUUGUGACAGUUCUUUUAAGAACAGGGUGGCUGAAUGCCUAUUCUGCCUCUUGAAGGAGUCAUUUCUUUUCUGCUAGAGAUCAAAGAGACACCACAGUUUAUCUUACUGCAGGAGAGAAAAAGGACUGGGCUGUGAGGAGGCAUCUGACCCACAUCGAUAUCCUAUGAUACAUUCAGAGACAGGUGGACAGUGCAUAUCUGCCACUAAAAAAAGGAAUGAAGUGUUUUUCCCUACCUCUGACUUGCAUAUUGGCUGCCCCCCAUGCUGGCACAAGACCAAGCCUGAACUCUCUGGAGAGUCAUUGCAACGAGACUCUAAGGAGCAGCAAUAGUUCUGCACAAAAGGAAAAAACUGAAAAUGUCAAAACCAGCAGUGUGACUUGGGAAAGCAGGUACCACAGUAUGCUAGUCAAUAAUUUCUGUAAAAGCAGUGCUGAGCCUCCCACAUUUUGAUGGUCACUUCCACAAGCUGGUACUCCUCUUUCAUAACGAAUGAAUGUACAAGUGCUCAGAUUCCCCAUGAGUGAGCUAAAGAGGACCCUGCAGCAAUGUAUUAAGAAAAGAGUUUGCAAUAGUAUAAAAUGGCAGCAUUCUUUCCAGAAAUGCUUCGUCCAUAUCAGCUCAGUUGGAUUCAGACUAGGAGACUGCAUUUACCCUCUGUUUCCUCCUCCCUCACCAUUCAUGCGCUCUCCCGGUGCCAACAGGGUCGACAGCUUCAGACACAAUUGAAAUCAGGCAGGAGACUCUGAGCCCCCUAGAGAAUUGUUGAUACAAGCUGAUGUCAACUAGGUUUUUUUUUUUAACCUUUUUUUUUUUUUUUAAGUAAGUAAGUUGAAGUCAUUUUCACACUUGCCAUUCAAGGUUUCCUUUAUUACGUAAAUGGUAACUAUCUUUUUUUCCUUAUUUCUUGCAUCAUGGUAUUGCACCAUCUAUGAUGGUAACAAUUAUACUAUCAAAAAGAAAAUUAAGAAAGAAAACUGCAUUACAUCCUCAACACCACAAAUUGUAGUUGAGGCAUAAAAGGCACAGUAAGAACUCAGCAUUAAUAUUUAAUUGAAAGUCUUUUUUAAACCUUUUGAUAGGAGAAAAAAAAAAUGGCGUGGAGAAACUUUGGAAUGUAGGCCAUCUUGCAACUGAAUCACAUCAAAGAUACGUUGAAAUAGACGUUCCUACACCAUGCCUAGAUAUCUGUCCUACAUACUGGACUUUUCCUAAAAAACUUUCAGGAUGUGUGAAUGCCUGAAGCACAUAUUUAACCCAUGGAAAAGCAAAGCAUUGCUCAAAUCCAGUAGAGCAAGUAGCUACUGGAUGCCCAAGGACAACAGCAGCUUCUAGCGAAAACAGCCAAGAAACUGCUGUCGUUCAGUUAUUUUGCCUCAUCUGCUACUGCAUCCUGUGAAAAAAGGGUCCUUAGCCAGUAAUAAAAUGGAAAAUCUUUAUACAUUUUUCUUCAAAGGGCGCAACAUUUAUAUAAUAAGCUACAGUUUCACCUCCAUCCCCAGCAGUGAAACAUCCAGGAAGAAGUGAGGAAGAGAAAACCUAUUCGGCCAGUUUGCUCAUUACCUUUUUCCCCUGAAUGAUCCUAGUCUACCUUGGGCUAGCAUGACGACUGCUGUCUAUUCCUGUCCUUUCAGACUCCCAGAGUGGCUUGACAUGGAGUAGCAGGGAAAGAAGCACAUGGUCAAGCUGUCCCUCCUCCAUGAACUGUAACUCUGGUCUUCUGAAAUAAAAUAACCAGUGCGUCUUAGAAAUGGCAGACUGCUGCAGCUAAGUUGUGGUUUUGCCGUAAGACAACAUGUGGGAUACACGCUUUCUAACUUCAUUUCAAUAUCCUAGGUGAUUGUCUUUCUGCUAAAAUCAACUAAAAAAACUUUCAUCCAGUAAUUUAAAAGUUAAUUGUGCCCAAAGGAGUUAAAGGAACACAUUUGGAAAAGGUAAAGUGCCCGAUUGCUGGAGAAUCACUGAAACAAUGAGAUUUUUCAAGUUAGCUGAGCAAUUUGGAUGCCCUGUUUCUAUCACCUGUAAUAAGAAUUACAAACUCAAUUUCCCUCAGCAGCUUAGAAGAAUCACAGCCAGUUGGUUCAGUGAUACAUGCUCCCUUUUUCUGUCUCCUAGCUGUGCCCUCUUCCCUUCUCAGUUUCAAAUGACUGAUGCCAAAUAAAGAUUUCUGGAUUCGGUUUAGUUUCACUAUGUGUUCACAUGGCUUUUGGAAUCUAGACCUCAAAGCAGGAUCUUAAAUCCUCUUCAAGCCAAAAAUAGAAACAAAAAAGGAAGACAAAGCUUGGGUAAACCUCCUCCUGCAAAUGAAAUAAACCAACUUCAUGAGAUUGCUGCUACUGAGAUAGCUACAUGCCAAAAGCAAUCUGCAGGUUGACUGAGUCUCAGUCUUUUUUUUUUUUUUUUUUUACUAGAAGCAGGUGGUUGGAUAUAAGGCCAGCUGGAAACAAAAAUCUGUAUUUAUAGCCUCAGUGGAAUAAGGAAAGAGCUGGAAUAGUCAAGAACAUGUUCCACGUUAUUUCAACUUAAAUUAAGGAUACUUUAUCCUUCAUAUUCAAAUAGAUCAUAGAAAGUACAAAAGAGUACAAAAUGGAACCACAAUUACCAUGAAGCAGAAGUUUUGAAGCAGGAAACUGAGAACAGUUUUUCUGCUCCAGUCAGGCAAUAUAAAUCAGGAGAAAUCCUCUUGACACCGUUCUCUUAUUCCUUGGUUACAGUAGAAUUUUGAUAAAGGAAUCUAGGUUUUUUGCUUUCUACUAAGCAAGGCUAUAAUGGAAAAUAAGCAGAACUUAGAUUUUAAUUAUUUCUCACCUUGCGUCAUACUUUCUAUUUUAGAUUGCUUUAAUAUUUACCACUGCUUACUGAGCUGGAGAAUGUGAAGAUGUAGAUUCUGGGAAGAAGCCAAAAAAAAAAAAAAAAAAAAGACAGCAAAAGAAAAAGAAAAUCUGUAAUCUUAAAGAAGUCUGCCUAUUUCUAUGUGUGGCAUUUGCAAGUCAACAACAUUGUCUCCUCGCACAUAAGCCAAGAAUAGUGGCUUGAAAUUUCAAGGCAGCUGUGAAGAUGGUUGUCAAGUUGUACACAUGUUAAUAAUAUUGAUCUUUCAGAACACAAAAUACUAUUGUUUCUUAAAGAAUUCACUUAUGCCAUUUUGAUGAAAUCAAAUGACACUUUGGCUUCAUUACAGUGGGCACUGUGUAAGUAGAAAGUAAAUGACAACCCAGAUCUGAUGAGCUUACAGCCAUAUACUAGGAAGUUGGCUUCUGGGCAAGUACAUAUGAUAGCAAGUCUCUCAUUGUUUGGGGAGGGAAUGCCAUAGUGCUUAUAUAUGAAAAUAUCAUCACACUUACUGAAAUCUAUUUGCAAGCACAUGUAGUUCAUAUGUAUAUGUUUGUGUGUGAAAAAAAAAAUAUAUUUGUUUUGUUCUUUUCUUAUUUCAAGUAUUAAAUGUAUAUUGUUUUUAAAAGGUGAAAAGGUUAACCAGAAAAAAAUGUGUUGUAAUUUAUUUUAGUAUAUAUGAUCAUAAGUAUGGAUGGGAAAUGAAACACUCUUGCUGUUAUGAUCCAUGAAGCACAUGACAAGUUGGCUUUGUCCAUAAGUUUGCUUCAUGUUUGAGCAAAAUAUGCUAAUAUAAUGGGGGGGGAGGGGAAGGAAAAAAAAAAAAAAAAAA